UCAGGUCCUGGGAGUCUGCCGGAUGUAUCCCAGAGUUCAUUGGGACAAUUUCCUUAGUCCUCUCUAUGCCAGCAAUCUGCAAACGGAAGCCCCCCCUUGCGAAUGGCAGCAAGUCAGCGUUACCCCAUUGUCCUCUGAGCCCGGAUCUGCAAGCGCACGAACAGAAAUCCUCCAGGGUGCGCAAUGGAAACGGAUCCAGCCAAGCCUUUUGUCAAGCGAGCCGCUUCCUGGUCCCUGGAGCACAGCCAGAUGUUGGUGACGCUGUGGUGUGAGGCCAGCAAAACGGUGGAUUUCAGCAAAAGCACCAGGAAUGACCACCUCUACCAGCAGAUCUCCCGCAAGCUAGCCGCGCUGCAGGUUUUCCGGACCAGUGACCAGUGCAGGGAGCGAAUUAAAAGGCUAAAGAGAGACUACAGGAAGACCCGGGAGAAGAAUCGCUCCUCGGGCCACUCACCAAGGACAUGCCCAUUUUAUGAGGACUUUGACCGAGUCCUGAGCACUGGGCCCGGCAUAGAGCCACCCGUGCUUCAUGACGACCUGGUGAGCCGGGAUGGUGCCUUGCUGGCCCCCGAAUCCAGCCUGGGGGCUGAUUGCAGGCAGCAGCGGGCUCCCAGCCAGGAUCGCGAAGUGACUUUUUUAAUGCAACCAGUUCCAGAGCAGGAUCAACAGCAAAUGCUCAGUCCCUACUCAGAAGAGCUGUUUGAUCCUCCUGCCUCUGGAGAACAGCCCCCUGAGAACCCGUUGGAGACAGAAGCGGCCCUAGAACCCGCCGGACCCUCAAGCUACACAGCCUGCUGUUCUUCAGGAACUCCAUCCCUGGCCCAGCGUACCCUCGCGGACCGUUCCAAAAGAAAGCGUUUCCGUGACGAAGUCAUGGUCCAUGUUCUUCAGAGGGCAGAGCAGCAGAUGCAGUACCAGAAGCAGAGGGAUGAAAGACUGGAACAACGGCGUGCUGAGAGGCAGGUGAAGCGGCUGAGGCUCGCCAUCCAGCUGGAGGCAAGCGUUUCAGCCAGGGAGCAGGCACUUGCAAAGCAGUUCCUGGAACAGGAACGGCGGCUAAGGGAGGAGGACAGAGCCCAACAGAGAGAACUGUUCCAGCAACUCCUGUCUAUAAUGGCUGCAAGAGCACAAGCCCCUGCUACCUCUCCCACACCACGGCAUGAUGCCCCAUCAACGUACCCUCAGCCCAGCAGUAGGUGGGGACUUUCCCUGGCUGGAACCAGCCCCCUAGGGCAGCUCCCGGCUCUGCUGACUUCAACCCCUGAGCCGGGGACACCAGGUGAUGGAGUGAAACCUCAGUGAAAGUGCUGGGGACUGGACAGGCACAAAUGUUCCUGGAAUGUCACAUCUCACGGCCUCGGAACCUGCUCCCUUGUUGCUAAUGCUCCUGCGGGAGUCAUUGGAGCUGUGUUAACAACAGUGACGCUGUUGCUCUCAGCUCUUGCCAGGAUCUGCUCCAGGAGCAAAACUGGGAUUGUGGGGGGGGGGAGCAAGGAGACCUGUCUCCAGUGGGUUUUCCCCUUUGUGUUUGGGGGUGGAGUUGUGAGGAAGGGAAGAGAGACAAAAUAAAACAGAGAUUAAAGGGAGAGGGGAGAGAGACAUGUAGAUUUAACUAUCUCUGUGUAGUCAGGAAAUUACAGCGAGAGGACAAGAGAACAUAGAAUAGCAGGGACAAGGGAGGAUGAAAUCACCUCAGAAUUGGCCAUUUCCCUCCCAAAUACUGAUGAAAAUUCUCUCCAGUGCUCCCCCAUUUCUCUCUAAUUAUCGAAUAUGGAGGUAAAAUCCAUGUAGAUUUCCCCCACACACUUUUUUUCUCAAAUUAUUGACCCCUUUUCUAUUCUCCUCAGAUUUUGCCCCAUUUUCUCUCUAAUUCUCCAGUGUCAAUUUCAAAUCUCCUCAGAUUUUGGAUAUUUCCCUGCUGGUUUUCUCUGCAGCAGAUUGUCCUUAUUUAGGCAGGAAAUUAUUGUCCUGUGUCAUUCCCCAGAUGGGAAGGGGGUUAGUGGGUGCUGCUUGGGAGAGCCUUGAGACCAGGCUGCCUGUGGGGUGGGAUUGGGUGGCCAUUCUCUGACAGCCAUCGGGCAUGGAAGAUGCACACCCAGCCUCAGUUUACCCAGUCCCAGCUACUGCCCUACCACGCACACAACUGCCUAAUGCAGCUCCCACCAGUCACCUGCCCGUCCCCUGAUGCUGCCCCUUCCAUGCUGCCAGGGAGCCGUCCUUCUCCAUAUUCCCCUGCCUUGUCCUCUUAAAGCAGCUUUUCAAAGGACUCCCUGCUCAUCAUGUGAAUGUGUGUGUGGCCGGGGGGUGGGGGGGGUUGUUUGGUUACAAACAGCCAUAUAAAAAUCCUUUCAAGAGUUCCCACUUUUCUCUCUCACUAUUGAAUAUGGAUGUAAAAUGCCCUCAGAUCUUAAUGUUUCUCCCUAUUAUCAAAUAUUUAGUUUUUGACCCACUUCUCCCCAAUUCUGAUAUAAAACUCCCCAAGAUUGAUAUAAAAUACCCUAAAGUCUUGCCCCAUUUUCUCUCUAGUUAUCUAUUACUCAUUUAAUAUCCCCUGUGAUAUUUCUAUAUCUCUCUCAUUAUAAAAUGUUAACAUUAAAAUCUCCUCGGAUUUUGCCCUUUCCUCAAAUUCUUGAAUAUUUCAAGGAUUGCGUAUCAAAUGUUGGGGUUUUUUUCUCUCUAUUGAUAAAAUACUGAUAAGAAAUUCAUUCAAAUUUUGCUUCUAUUCCUGUUAUGAACUAUUAACAUACAAUUCCUCUCAUAUUCCCACUUUCCUCUCUUAUUUGUGAAAAUUGAUUCAAAAUACCUCCAUUUCCACACUUCUUUAAUUACUGAACAUUCAUACAAAACCUCAGAUUUUGCCAUUUUCUGUAUAAUUAUCAAAUAUCAGGUAAAAAAUCCUCUCCAUGUUGGAGGUAUUCCCAGUGCCUUUUAAUUACAGCAACGUCUCAUGUUUUCAAUGGAACCUGAGUCAUUCUCCCCACUGGAAUUUGCUGGGGGAUUCAAUUCCCCAUGACCAACCUUGAUUCACUCUCCUCGGGGGCAGGUGGUGGACUUAAUUAGUUUUAAGAGAGAGCUUGACAAAUUUAUGAGUGGGAUUGUAUAUCAGGUUGCUUCUGAUGAAAGGGGGUAGGGCUUGGCAGUCCUGGGGCUCCAAUCCAGUUUAUGUCUUAUGUUCCUAAACAUCUCAUGUUUCAGGGCUUCAGCCAAUCACCUGCAGGGGUCAGG